AUAUGGAUGUCACAAAAGGAGCUGCUCUGCCAUUGACGACAGUCCACACGCUCACUACCUUCUCGUUUCAACCGACAGCGACAGCCUCAUCCUGCGGGGAAACGGUAAAUGCUUUCCGAUGCAACGGUUUCAAGCCUCAUAGUGUUGAGAGGAAGUCUGUUUCCAAGCUUAAAUUGAGCAGAGGCUGUUGCGCCAUGGCAAGUUCCAGUGCGCUGUUGGAGCUCGUGCCUGAAACCAAAAAGGAGAAUCUCGAAUUCGAGCUUCCUUUAUACGACCCUUUGAAAAGCCUUGUGGUGGAUUUGGCGGUUGUUGGUGGGGGUCCGGCGGGGCUUGCGGUGGCGCAGCAGGUAUCUGAGGCAGGGCUCUCUGUUUGCUCCAUUGAUCCUUCUCCAAAGUUGAUUUGGCCAAACAACUAUGGCGUUUGGGUGGAUGAAUUUGAAGCUAUGGAUUUGCUGGAUUGUCUGGACACAACGUGGUCCGGUGCUGAGGUGUUUAUUGAUGAGAGAACGACUAAAGAUCUGGAUAGGCCAUACGGAAGGGUUAACAGGAAGCAGCUGAAAUCAAAGAUGAUGCAGAAAUGCAUCUUGAAUGGGGUUAAGUUUCAUCAAGCUAAGGUAGUGAGAGUGGUCCAUGAGGAGUCCAAAUCCCUGUUGAUUUGCAAUGAUGGUGUCGCCAUUCGGGCAGCAGUAGUUCUCGAUGCUACAGGAUUCUCCCGCUGUCUUGUACAAUAUGAUAAGCCGUAUAAUCCCGGCUACCAAGUUGCCUACGGAAUUUUAGCAGAAGUUGAGGAGCAUCCCUUCAAUGUAAAUAAGAUGGUUUUCAUGGAUUGGAGAGACUCACAUCUUAACAACAGUAAGGAAUUGAAGGAGCGGAAUAGGCAAAUCCCGACUUUUCUUUAUGCAAUGCCGUUUUCUAAACAAAGAAUUUUCCUAGAAGAGACUUCCCUUGUGGCCCGUCCUGGGGUGUCGAUAAAGGAUAUUCAAGAAAGGAUGGUUGCUCGACUGAACCACUUAGGCAUAAAAGUAAAGAGCAUCGAAGAGGACGAACACUGUGUGAUUCCAAUGGGAGGCCCAUUGCCAGUGCUGCCUCAAAGAGUUGUCGGAAUUGGUGGCACUGCAGGAAUGGUGCAUCCUUCGACUGGAUACAUGGUUGCAAGAACUUUGGCUGCUGCGCCGAUUGUUGCUAAUGCUAUUGUCAGGCACCUAGGUUCUGAUGCAGGCACUCAGGGAGACGACUUAUCCUCAGAAGUUUGGAAAGACUUAUGGCCUAUAGAAAGGAGACGCCAAAGGGAAUUCUUUUGUUUUGGGAUGGACAUUCUACUUAAGCUUGAUUUACCGGCCACAAGAAGAUUCUUUGAUGCAUUCUUUGACUUGGAGCCGAGGUACUGGCAUGGAUUCUUGUCGUCUCGGCUUUUUCUUCCGGAGCUCGUGCUUUUUGGGCUCUCCUUGUUUGCUCAUGCCUCGAAUACUUCUAGGUUAGAAAUUAUGGCUAAGGGUACGGUUCCUUUGGUAAACAUGGUGAACAACUUGGUAACUGAUAGAGAUUGAAUAUAUUUGGCUUAUGUUUCUGUUUCUGCUUUCUAAGCUUCCGUAGAAAUUGUGUAUAUUUCUGUUGACAUUCGAAGCACAUUCUGUAUUUAUUAAUGUCCCAGCUUUUCUUGACA